AUGAGUAUAGAAAACAAUUAUAUUUUAAGACAAGUUUCAGAGUCUGAUCGAAAAGCUUGUUUUAUUUGCUACAAAUUGACUAAAUGGGUAUUAAUUACAAAAUCCAAGUCCGAUUUUUUUUACACUUGUUUUAAUCACCUAGAGGAUCGUGGAUUUGCAACCUCAACUUAUGAUCCUCAUGAGAAACCAGCAUCAUCGCCUAAAACCGAUGAAAGUUUUACGUCUUCUAAAAAGGACCAUGAUUCCAAAGAAAAAUCAAGCAAUGAUGAUUUAGGGAAAGAUCAUCUAGACAAGUCAGAAGAAAAUCAUGAAUCAUCCAAAACCAAAACCAAUUCCAAUUCCAAUUCUAAUAUUCCAACAAAAGAGCGGGACGUAGAUUUAAAAGAAGCAAGGUCUUCGCCGUCCACGUCUUCUUCGAUCUCAUCGGGCACAACAAUGUCUGGCAGACAAUACGUACUUCAUCGAAACAUAUUUGAAAUCAGGCUUCAGUUUCAUAAAAAUCUAGCUGCGCAGAGGAAGACCAAACUUUUACUAAAUUCUGGGAAAGGCCUACCUUCACCACCUUCCAAACCUCUUCCUUGA